CAUGCGCACUUGAUGUAGUGCGCACUAGCGUUCAUGUCUCCACAUGAUAUCCAAGUGUGCGUAUUAUCCUCUGUCUAGUGCAUGUCCAUGGCUAUGCCUCAUACUGAGAGAGAGAGCGAGAGAGAGAGGACACGUGAGCGCAAACGUGCGUGCGUGAGCGAGCGAGUGCGCUCAUCUCGAGCUUAAUAUCAGUCAACACAAGAUCGCUGCAAAAAGUAAGCGCAGCAGGAGAGCGGAAGCGCGCGACAAAGUCCGAGUAGCAGCACGCGCGGCGCCAUGGAACCCCGCAAAACUUCUCGGCGCGCGCGGUCUGCGGUAUCGGACAGCUCGCGCACGGUCGAGUAGAAGCAACAGCGCGCGGGAUAUCGGUGACUGUCGGUGAUUAUUGGUGAAGAUGGACCCGCUGUUUACUUCCACCGACUCCCCGGGGAACGGGAGCGCGGACAGUAACGGAACGGACCCGGACUACUGGAACCAGUUCACGCAGCCCGCGUGGCGCAUCGCGCUCUGGGCGCUCGCCUACAGCUUCAUCGUCCUGGUGUCUGUGGUGGGCAACGUGACGGUCAUAUGGAUCAUCGUGGCGCACAAGCGGAUGCGCACCAUCACCAACUACUUCCUGGUGAACCUGGCGUUCGCAGAGGCGUCCAUGUCCGCCUUCAACACCGUGGUGAACUUCGUGUACGCGGCGCACAACGAGUGGUACUUUGGCCUGGGGUACUGCCGCUUCCACAACUUCUUCCCCAUCGCCGCCGUGUUCGCCAGCAUCUGCUCCAUGACCGCCAUCGCCGUGGACAGGUACAUGGCCAUCAUCCAUCCACUGAAGCAACGGCUCUCGUCUAUGCAGACCAAAGUGAUCAUUGGCGUGAUCUGGGUGCUCGCUUUCCUGCUUGCCUUCCCGCAGUACUACUACUCUGAUGUGGACCAGCUGCCAGGUCGCAUCGUCUGUUACAUCAACUGGCCUGAAUACACCGUAAUGGACUUCAAGAAAAUUUACUAUGUGUGUGUGGCUGUGCUGAUUUACUUCCUGCCCCUGUUGGUGAUGGGUUGUGCUUAUCUGGUAGUCGGGCUGAACCUGUGGGCCAGCGAGAUUCCCGGAGACUCUUCGGGCCGCUACCAGGAGCAACUCACUGCUAAACGCAAGGUGGUGAAGAUGAUGAUCGUGGUCGUGUGUACUUUCGCCGUCUGCUGGCUGCCGUACCACGUCUACUUUCUGCUUCAUCAGUUCUUCCCUUUGCUCUUCGAGAAGCCCUUCAUCCAGCAGGUCUACUUGGCUAUCAUGUGGCUCGCCAUGAGCUCCACCAUGUACAACCCCAUCAUCUACUGCUGCCUGAAUGACAGAUUCCGUGCUGGCUUCAAGCAGGCAUUCCGUUGGUGCCCAUGCAUUCACGCUGACUCCUACGAGGGCCUGGAGCUCAAGUCCAUGCGCUACCUGCAGACACAAACAAGUGUGUACAAGACAAGCCGGGCGGAGCCCACCGUGCCAGUCGUCAACAGUCCAUCACUAGAGCUGGCAUCCAAUGGCUCAUCAUCUCGCAGCAUGUCCAAGACGAUGUCUGAGACAUCCAGCUUCUACUGUAGCAAUAACCUGCCUGCUUAGGAGCUCUUACAAUCAGCAGAGGAACGUGAUAAAGAACCAGUUGGUGUAAUGGUACAAAAACGGAUCCAUUUACCGCUGCGCAAACAUCAUCUAUGUAUCAUUUUGUGUAUAUUCAGAUUAUUGUGACAGACCAUUUUGAGCAGGGUGACCAUUUGGGUGUAGACAACUGAGAAACAUGCCCAAGAACUAGGAAUUUUAUGUUCCUUUAAGUCCUUGGUGAAUCCUUUCACCUCCAUUUUGUCUGUCAUAAACUACGUUGAUUGAGAAUUAUGGGCAGAUCUUGUGUGGAACAUGCAGAAAAAAAACAGAAGACCUUGAAGUGUUUUGACUUAUAGUGAUGAUGGAGCCAUUCAUCAGAUCCGUUUUUUGUAUUACGAACUGCUCUGAGUGAGUAUCAUCGGCAUAUCUUAUGAGGAAAAUGCCAAAGAAUGAAAAGUUUAUGAAACCCUCCUAGAUAGAAAAAUGUUAACGGAUUCCACUAACCUCCAUAAUACACAUUUCAUCUGGUGUUUGGGCUCCUGCUGAGACGGAAUGCUUAAUGUUGAAAUCCCAGCGCUGUCAACCUGCCGCUGACGGGGCCAUGAUCAAGACCUUGAACCAUUUGAUUCACCUGCCAGAUUGAGUAAAUGUCAAUACUGUCUCUGUUUAACCUGUAACACGACGUACUAUUGGUGUUGACAGAAAGAACACGUUGAACCUGAAAUCCUGCUGAAAUAAAUGCGCUAAACAGUUGACUUUUUGAGAGCUGGACAUUUUUCCCCAUACCAAAAACUGAUGGAUGUGAUCAUGUGCAUAUGACCCUGCAGUGUAAUCUCUGUAACAGACCACUUCAUGGAAAUGUUUUGUGUUUGUCCAAGUGCCUCAUUCACAGUAUCUAUAAUCUGGUGUAGGUCAAGUAUAUGCUUUUUUUGCUCCUUUUUCUGUUCUUCGAAAACCUUGUUCUGGACACACUUUGAAACAACUGACCACAUGAGUCCUUCAGAAAUGUAACCAGAGUCCUUGAUGGAAUGAGAACAUUGUCACCGAAGCUUUGUAGACAGAUGUGACCUGGAGUAUGAGAACUGACAACAGUGUAUUCACCAUUUACAUUUUACUAGCAUGUAAUAUUGCGGAUUAUGUAUCGUAUACAAUGCCUAAACACACAACCUUUCCUCUGUAUGAAUGUCUUUCUUUUUUAGCUGGGUUUGGGAACCUCAAACUAAUGUGAGUCUUGAUUUCUGGUCAGCUGGGUUCGAAAUCCACACUAUGUACAUUUCUGUUCAAAUGAUUUGUAGAGACGAAGCAAAAUAUGAUAUACAAUCCGUGACCAGAAGUCUAACUCUAAGGAACGUGGAGUAAAAUGGGUUCUGGAAUGGUAUAGCAUCAUACUGGACAGUAUGGGCUUGAAUCCAUGGCAGUCACUUUAUGUGUAGAUGUAAAAACCUCGAAUAAAGUAUCUGAACUGCUUCUUGGCAAGGACACAAUGCAAAACAGAGAAAGAAAGAAUAUUUGAUGGCAUUUAAAGCCGUUCCUGGAAAUCUAAUCCAGUGAUGAUGGCCCGGGUUCCACUGCCAAAAUAAAACCAAGGGUUUCUCUGGUUCAGAAAUUCUAAUAGCUGUGACCCUGUGUGGCUUUGCUUUAAUUUUUGUGAAUUUGUCUCUUCAUUCUGGGGAAAAAAACUGUAAUAAGAACGCUUGUUUGUCUCUAUCUAUCUACCUCUGUUUGUUUUUUGAAUUCCAUUCCCCUCCCCCUUCCAACCAUUCGCCUGUUCUUGGCUUAAUCGGUCACGCACAAAAUUAACUCUGGAGUCAGGCCCUCGAGUGUUAAUUUUAGCCUCCCGUCAACACAUGAUGCAUAAAUCUGACAGAAGGGACGGAGGAGUGGAAGGGACUUACUGGCGCUGUUGUGGUGUGCCAAUGAAAGGCAAAAACUUCAAGUUGAGGAGGACCACUGGGUUUGGAGGAGGAGGGGUAGAACACCUGUUGUGUGAGAUUAAGGAGUGUGGUAUGUAACAGUGGUAUCACUUUUCUAGGCAGGAGGAGGACAUAGCUGA